AUACUGGAAGUGUAGCCUGAAUGAUAUGACAGUUGUUGGAAAAGGAAGUGGGGUACAGUAGAUCGUUUUGGCGUUUCUUGUAAACCGGUAUUGGAUAAGACCACAAACAACGUCAAAUACUACGCUAGAAUGAAUGAAGUCCAACUAAAUGUGUUUAUCUUACUGUCUGAGGUCAGCGCUCAAACAAUGAUUAGCUAACCACGGAGAUGUUCAAAGGGGUGAAAGAGCACUUUACAGAUAGGCUAUACGUCGAAUCAGCUACACUGACCGAAUACGAGAGAUUUAUUCAACUGGAAUUGAAAAUAUCACCUGUAAUUAUGGACCCAUUUGACGCUCGCUCUCCACGUGAGGCUCUGGAGCUGGUCUCCAAUCUGCUGGGAUGCAGUCUUACCUCGAGCGAAGUAGCCACAUACCUGGACAAGAACGACGAACUGAAGCAUUUGCGCGAACAGUUUAUGAUACCUCAAGUAGCAGAACUCCCUUCAACUGACCUAAAGCUUGUGGAUGGCACCAAGGAAUGCAUUUACUUUGCUGGGAACUCACUGGGCCUCCAGCCCAAAAUGGCGAAGACAUACAUCGAGGAAGAGUUGGAUAAAUGGGCUAAAACGGGAGUUCAUGGUCAUGUUCAUGGCACCAGACCUUGGACCUGGGCUGAGAACACAAUAGAGGAACUCAUGGCUAAUAUUGUCGGGGCUAAAGGUGCUGAGGUCGCCUUAAUGAACGGGUUAACAGUGAAUUUGCAUCUUCUCUUGCUGUCCUUUUACAAACCUACAGCAAAACGUCACAAAGUGCUUAUUGAGGACAAGGCGUUCCCCUCAGAUCAUUAUGCCGUUGAAUCUCAGAUCCAAUUCAGAGGCUAUGACCCGAAGCGAAGUAUGCUGAUAAUGAAGCCCAGACCGGGCGAGGAGGUCCUGAGAACAGAAGACAUUCUGGAAACCAUAGACAAGGAGGGAGAUUCCAUUGCAGUGGUGCUGUUCAGUGGUGUGCAGUACUACACUGGGCAGCUCUUUGACAUGGCUGCCAUAACUAAAGCUGGGCAGCAAAAGGGCUGCUACGUCGGAUUCGACUGCGCACAUGCGGUGGGGAAUGCAGAGCUGAGGCUGCAUGACUGGGGCGUGGACUUCGCCUGCUGGUGCUCCUACAAGUAUGUGAAUUCGGGCGCUGGUGGCCUGGCUGGGGCUUUCAUCCACGAGAAGAAUGCCCAUUCAGUCAAGCCUGCGCUCCUGGGGUGGUGGGGACACGACUUGACGACCAGGUUCCAGAUGGAUAAUAAAAUGGAUCUGCUUCCGGGCAUUGGUGGAUACCGGCUGUCAAACCAACCUGUGCUCCUUGUGUGUCCACUGCAAGCUAGUUUAGAGGUGUUCGCCAUGACAAGCAUGGCGGCUCUGAGGAAGAAGUCCAGACUCCUGACCGGUUACCUUGAGUGUUUGAUCCAGCUCCACUUUUACAAGGAUGACGGGCAGGCCGACAAGCCCUACGUCCACAUCAUCACUCCCUCGAAUCCUGAGGAACGAGGCUGCCAACUCUCCCUGUCCUUCUCUGUCCCUAUUGCAGCCGUGUUCCAUGAGCUGGAGAGAAGGGGUGUUGCUUGCGACAUGAGGGAACCCAACGUUCUUCGCGUGGCUCCUGCUCCACUCUACAACUCCUUCAGUGAUGUCCACCGCUUCAUUACUGUUCUCAGAUCAGUUUUGGCUGCCAGCCGGCCAACAGGACAAUGAUAGACACAGUCUGGUGCUUUUACUCAACCUUUUAGAGGGAUGUAAUCAGUUUUGUACAGAAACUUUUUCUUGACACUCUGCUGGAGUCGUUGAUUACGAAUGUCUCUCAAAGUUACGAAGAAGCUGCCAUCCAUGUCCGAGCUGUCCUUAGUAGAAAAUGCAUUUUAUUGAGCUCUUUUCAGUGAAACUACAUUGGUUGCGUGUCUAUGCUCAUAAUUUGGUGAUACAAAUUUGUUACCUGAAAAUCUCUAAUAAAAAAACAACAGUAUAUGACCUAA